GCAUCAUGCCUCCCAAAACUUCCGGAAAGGCUGCCAAGAAGGCCGGUAAGGCCCAAAAGUCUAUCACCAAGGGUGAUAAGAAGAAGAAGCGCAGGAGGAAGGAGAGCUACAGCAUCUACAUCUACAAGGUGCUCAAGCAGGUCCACCCUGAUACCGGUAUCUCCUCCAAGGCCAUGUCUAUCAUGAACUCUUUCGUGAAUGACAUUUUUGAGCGCAUUGCAGCUGAGGCUUCCCGCCUUGCACACUACAACAAGCGUUCCACCAUCACCAGCCGGGAGAUUCAGACCGGAACGGAUGGA